GAUGCAUGCCAGCCACCAUAAAAGAGAAAGAAGAAGAAGAAAAAGCAUAUGCAGGAGUGACGUUUCGUGGACACUAGCUUGUGUUUAAAACAGGGCCGCCCUUGAGAGCAGUUAAUCACCAAACUCGUCGCGUGUGUUGUUGUAGUUAACUACGGAGUCCCAUUAUGUCGGUCAGCGACAUGUUCUCCUACAUCCAAGUCUUCCUGAGUGCCGACCAGGACGUCCGAGAGGAAAUCCGCAAAGUGGUGCAGGUGCUGGAGCAGACCACCAGAGAAAUCCUCACUGUUGUCCAAAGUGUGCACCAGCCGUCUGGAUUCAAAGACAUCCCUGAGAAAUGUGCAAAGGCCAGAGAGUUGUUUGGCACAGUCCGGACGCACAUUGCCGACUUGAAGACCAAGUUCCCUAUGGACCAGUACUACAGGUUUCACGAGCACUGGCGCUUCGUCCUGCAACGUUUGACCUUCUUGGCGGCGUUUGUUGUCUUCCUGGAGACCGAGGCCCUUGUCACCCGUGAGGAGGUGGCGCACAUUCUGGACAUUAAGGUGGUGCGCGACAAAGGCUUCCAUCUGGAUGUGGAGGACUACCUGGCGGGUGUGCUGAUUAUGGCCAGUGAACUGUCACGCUUGGCGGUCAACAGCGUGACGGCGGGCGACUACGACCGGCCGCUCCGCAUCUCCAACUUCAUCAACGAGCUGGACUCGGGUUUCCGCCUGCUCAACCUGAAGAACGACCCGCUGCGCAAACGCUACGACGGCCUCAAGUAUGACGUCAAGAAGAUCGAGGAGGUGGUCUAUGACCUCUCCAUUCGCGGACUCACCAAGGAGGCCAAGAGCGACCAGUAGGAAGCAGCGCACUGAGAGCGGGUCCGAAAAGCUGGUUCAGACUGAGGGCCGCCGGGAACGUACAGUACGUUAGCCCCUUUCACGCUGCCGACCUGUCGUAACAGUAAUGCUACUCGUGUAAGAUAAUCUUUCAAAUGUGCUACUACCUCGGAAGCAGGAUAAUUGACGCGUCUGUGGCAAAUGGAUUUAACUUUUAAAAGCUGUUUUACUAUCCACAAUUGUAGAUGUCAGCGUCAACAUUCUGACUAAUCGUAAUUGUUUUGCAUUGUUGUUUUCGUUCAAGAUAUCUGUAAUGUAAUUGUGACUCUUUGAAAGGACAAACAUAUCUGCAACGUCAAUUCAUGUCACUUUUACUGUUCGUGUGUUCAGUUGCAGAUAUCCCCUAUGUGAGUUAUGGAUAGCUGUGAUGGAAUUGUAGAAAUCUGUAACUCCACUUUGAGAUAGCCACAAUAAAAUUUUGACUAGUCAUAAUUCAGAUUUUUAUUCACCUCAAUUCAAGAUAUUUACAUGUUUAAACAAGGUGAAAUUGGUUUGUCGAUGUAUGUAAUUAUUUAUGACUAGUCAAAAUGGCGCAGUCGAAAUCCCAAACUGGAGUUACGGAUAUCUACAGUUUAAUUGGACAUACCCGUUAUUCACAGUGUGGAUAUCUGCAGCUAAAUUGUAGAUAUGUGAUGACAAACCCCACACACAGACUGGCUAAAGUGAUGUCAUUUGUCCGAGGCGAAAUCAAGCUGCAGAUGUCUGGAAUUCAGUUUUGACGAGGCCAAAGUGAAUUGCAGAUUUCUGUCAUUUUGACGAGUCGCAAUUAACGUUCCACAUAUCUUGAAUGAAAGUUCUAACAAUUCAAACUGUAAUUAUGACCCGUCAGAACGACGUCGAUCUCUGCGAUGUUCUUUCCGGAUCGUCAAGGUGAGGUUUUAAAAGUUUAAUCCGCUCGCCAUGCCAUUUAAAACUGAAUUACAAAUAUCCGUAGCGUCAUUAAGCCUACGACAAAUGACGUCACGUUUGCCUUUCAUAUGUAUGAGGUUUGCCACUCAUUAGAUAUCUACUGCGCAGCUGCAAAUAUCCGCUAGUGAAUUACAGAUAUGUGCAAUUAAACUAUAGAUAUUUAACUCCAGUCAUUUUGACUCUUCAAUGCUAUUCGCCUAGUUAAAACUUAAUUGAAGAUAUCUCGAGAGGCACAUGUCGAUCCCUUGAAUCGAGGUGAAUUAAAUCUGGUAACAGAAUUCUGGCUAGUCAAGAUGACGGUUCAGUUGAAGAUAUCCGCUUUUCACAGAGUGGAUAGCUCUGACUGAAUUGUAGAUAUUUGCAAUGAGAAACCCCAAACACGAAUGGCAAAAGCGAUGUCAUUUUCCUCGGUAAAUGAUGUUGCAGAUAUCGGAAAUAUUCAUGCUUUUUGACGAGGAAAAGUUUGAUUUCGGAUAUCCUCAACGCAUAUUUAGUCUAGCUUUUAAAUGUUAAAAAGGGCUUGACUUGAUCCCGCCUCCGCCGCUGCACACUUCUCACACAGAGCACUGACACUGCUACCAGCAGUGUGAAAGGGGAUAUCGCCCCAGUCUGGGUGUGCUCUCAGACGAACCGUCUCAUGUGACGUGUAAAAUAGUUGUCGGACAGCGACAAUUGCUUUUAAUACAGGGUGGGACAAAUGAAUGCGGUGUUAAAUUUCGCACUCCCGUCUCAACUUUGCGCUAUCCCCUUUCACGCAGCCACAGUCUGAUACGAAAGCAUGAGGAUGACAUUGAUUGGCAGCACGAAAGGGGCUACUCCUGUGUCCGUAUGCUAUGUUGGCAUGGAGUGGCGCCCUCUGCCGAGCACAUUAUUGUACACGGUUACUAGCAACCAGGAUCGGGGACACACUCCUAAGAAAAAAAUUAUAUACGAUGAGAAUAUGAGCCGUAAUAUUACAAGAUGAGUUGUAAUUUUUUUUGUGUGUGUAAUUCUAGGAGAUGAAAGGUGUUACACCCCCCCCCCCACACCCGGCAAAGUCUUCCUAAAAAAACUCUCAUCCCUUCUUACUAACAAAAAAAAAAAAAACUGGUUUGAGUUAAUUAACCCUUAAUUUUAGUUAUUACAUUUUUCAAAAAAUAAAUAAUCUAGCUAUCGGGUAAUGUUAAGCACUUUUUUUCCUUGAAUAAAUUCAACUUUAUAUUCUUAUUAGGCCUUUUUUCUGUAGACUUAUUUCACCAAAUUUAUCGAAAUAGAUGUUUUUCUUCAAUACAGAUUUUUUGUAUGUAAUGUAUUUAUUUACAAAAAAUAUCUGACUUCAUCCUCUGGUUCAUUUUCCUAAGUAGAACUACUCUAAUGCUUUUUUUCCUCUGAAGACAGACUUUAAUUCUCGUAAUAUCACGCUUUUCUUUGUGGGGGGGCAAUCAAGACUAUGCCUUUUGAAAAAAAUAAAAUAAAAAUCUUGUCUAAUUAUUUGACAUUACUGUGGCAAUGUUCAGCCUUCUCGUAAGUACAACUCUGCCUACCUUUCCUCAAAAAUGUCUUUUUUUUUUUUUUCUUUUCCAGUUUGGCCCCAAUACACCAAAGUGGACCUGGGGGUGUUUUGCACUAUGUAUUUUUUUUUUUAUUUACAGAAAUAAUGUUGCCUUUUUGUUUCCUUCAGUGUGCAAAAUGUAAAUAUAUUUGUAUACACAAUCUACAGAGGCUCGGCACUCUUUUCUUAAGGGCGCGCACGUGCACCAAAAAGCCUCAGUUGGAAAUGUUUUAAUGAUUGACAAUAUAUUACAUGUGGAAAUAAUACAGCAGAAAAAGAGCACAGUCAUGUUGGUGUACACAGUGAUCCGCUACACAAACUCCAUCGAAAUAUUACGCUUUGGCGUCCGCUCUCGUCGCUGGAUAAAGUGCUUUUAACGAAAUAAAGCUCUCGCCACUCAGGACGUGA